UGUCAUUAUUGACAAUUUUUUUCUUUCGUGUCAUGGCCCGCAAACCAUCUACAAGCGGUGCCAGCAAUAACAAACGUAAGGAUGUUGUAGUUUCCAUUUUGCUAACAGAAUCUACAGCAAGUCUCAUGAGCCCAAAAAUUCCCAAUUUAGAAGAUCUGCACUCAGAAGAAUCACAUGUAUGUACCAUCAGCUCGAGUGAAACGAAUUAUUUGAAUAACAAUCCCUUAAUCACACAAAGGAACAGUUUCGAUAAUAAAAGUUUGCUUUCAGAGGUAGCAUACUUUCAAUAUGGAAGUUUCUCUUCUAUUUCAAUGCCAGAAACAUCCUCCAAUGAUUCUACAAAGAUAUUUCCGUUAAAAAUGAGCAGACCAAGUCUGCCUUACAUUCUCAAACCCACCAAAAUAAAUACAAGGCCCAUCGUGGCUGUCAGAAGCCUAGCACACGAUGAUAGACUAGACGUACAUAUGAAUAAAAUUUAUGUUUCACUUCUUGAUAGUGAUUCCUUUCAGAUGAGUUUAGACUCUGAACCCUACAUGUGUAGAAUAUGCCAUGGAGGUGAAAGUGUAGAUGAUCUUUUGACACCAUGUCGAUGUAGGGGUAGUGUAGCCUUAGUUCAUUUAAAAUGUUUGGAAAGGUGGCUAAUGGAGUCUUCAAGGAGUUAUUGUGAAUUAUGUCAACACCACUACGAAAUUAUAAGACAACCAAGAUAUAAUAUAAUUAUGUCUAUGGUGAUGUUUGUAUCGACGCCUGGGGCACACUUAUGGGACCUUAUAAUAGAUACAGCAACUUUUAUUGCUUAUACUCCCACUGCCAUCGCCUCAACUUACACCUUAAUACUAUUAUGUGAAAAUAUAGCAAAAACGGAAAAACAUCAAGUGAUGUCGCAUGUGUUAGCUUUUCUAUCAAUUUUUGGUAUCGCUGCUAUAGAUUUCACAUAUUCUUCUUGGAUGAUGUAUACCUUCCAGAAGCAUUAUGAAGCUUGGAAAGAAUUCCGUAAAAACAACUGUGACAUGAAAUUAAUACUCCCAAAUCACAAGAUGAGGGCUCGCCAAAGAAAAAUGAAUAAUUUAUAAAGACUGUGUAUCCACCUAAGAAAUAAAUUGUAUUACAAUAA